AUGGCGCUCAUGAAGCUAAGUGACAGGACAUCUCUGCAGAUGAUGACAGUUGGGAAGGAACAACAGUUGACCAAGAAAAACAAUGGCUUUCUCCAAAAUAUGGAUGUGGCUGAAGGUGCAAUGCAGAAUUUGCUAAGGGAUUUUACCAAAAUGGACCACAUCUUGGACAGAUCAGAUGAUAAGGACAACAUUUUCUCCGAAAAGCCGCAAACCGACUUCCUUCAUGAGACAGAGACUACAAAAUGGAAUAUGUUGGAGCUGGAGGCUGAGCAUCACCAGGACCUACAGAAUGAACAGGAUGAACAAGAAACAAAUCAGGUUCAACAUGAGGAUCCUCAUGUAUCCACAUCUUUGCAGUUUUCCAAGGAGAACAUCCCUGAACUGAGUCAGGAGAACACUUUCUUCCAACUAAACUACUGGAAUACACAGAUGGGUCUACAAGUGAAAGAACUUGGAGCUGAUCACAUAGGCUGGAUGGAGAAAAUCAACAAUAUUAUACAAAAAAUAAACCUAACAGAAAACACAAUGAAGAGCUUAUUAAAUGAGGUGAUGUCUCUGGAAGACCAAAUUGAAAAGCUGGAGUCACACCAAGACCUUGACCCUGAUCAGGGAGAAAACAUUGAGGUAAAUGCUUGUAAUGAAGCUCAUGAAUUAAAGGAGAAACUCAUUGCAAGAAUAAAGAACUUUUACAAAGACAUGACUCUGCUGAGUACAAAGCUGGGAACGUACCAAGGGCAAGAAGGGAAAACAGACUUUCAGAGUCCUGAAGAAAUGGAUAUGGAAGAAAUUGAGCCCCAGCUUCCUGAGGCUCCACCACCCCCUGUAGCGCAGAACACUCCUGCCAGCAUUACAAUGUGGAAACGUGCACUGAGGAUUUUCAUCAUGUUUUAUGUCCUCACCUUCACUGGACUUUCAUGUUACAUACUAUUUUUUGAUGCUACAUUUAUCUUUGAAAGCUUACUCCCAACAAUGCUUGGACACCGCAGAAUGUGGGAACUACGGGAGAUCAUUGCUCCUUUCUUGAACUUGGAAGUGGAAGACUUGUUACCCUCCUAAAGUUAUAGAAGUUACUGUUUCCCUACUGACUCUCUCCUUAAUAAAAUUCUGGCUGUUCUUGUAUUAUGGUGGUUAACAUAUUUUUCAAAAAAUACUAUUGGAUGUUUGGCAAAGGACACUGUAGUUCUAUGGAAAUGGCUUGUUCACAGACAGAAAAUAUGAAAGCUGUUUAUCUUU